CUGAUUUGUCCUAUGAGCAAGCUGCCGCCGCAUACGAACAUUGCGUUGCCGGCUCUCAGUCCUACUAUGGAAAUGGGUACAAUCGUGUCAUGGAAGAAAAAGGAAGGCGAUCAGCUGUCUGAGGGUGAUCUGCUAUGCGAAAUUGAAACCGAUAAAGCGACAAUGGGCCUCGAGGCAAGCGAAGAAGGAUAUCUGGCAAAGAUAGUCGUUCCAGAUGGUUCGAAGGACGUGCCAAUAGGACGCUUGUUGUGCAUCGUUGUCGAACACAAAGACGAUGUCGCUGCUUUUGCCAAUUUCGUAGACCAGGAGGCUGGUGCUCCUGCUAAGAAGGAGGUGCCUGAAUCAGAAGCCGCCUCUGCACCGCUUCCGCCAUCAGUUUCCGCCGUUUCACCGCCAUCGGCAGCGCAACCAGCUACGGAAGCAGCGACUCCAUCUGCCGGGAUUCCCCCUGGUCGAAUUUCCGUGUCUCCAUUUGCGCGGAAAAUUGCCGCGGAAAAAAAGCUCGAUUUGGCGACAAUCAAAGGAACAGGUCCCGGCGGAAGGAUACUCGCUGAAGACGUCGAAGCCGCUGCAGCCGCUGCAGCGAAACCUACCGUUGAAGCGUUCGCGACCGUUCCAGUUCCGUCAACGCCGAAUUUCGUUGACAUACCAUUGUCGAAUAUGCGCAGGACAAUAGCCAAGCGCCUUCUAUUAUCCAAACAGACGAUUCCGCAUUACUAUGUUUCCGUGGACGUGAAGAUGGACGAGAUUCUGAAGCUGCGGGAAAACCUGAACAACAUGCUGAAAAAAAACAACAAGAAACUGUCGGUGAACGACUUCAUCAUUAAAGCGGCUGCCCUGUCUUGCAUGCGAGUUCCAGAGGUGAACAGCUUUUGGAUGGACGCGUUCAUUCGCCAAAACAACGUAGUAGACAUGUCCGUUGCAGUCACCACUGACGCCGGUCUUAUAGCACCAAUCGUGUUUGGCGCAAAUCUGAAGGGUCUCUUGGAAAUUUCUGACGAAGUAAAGGCGUUGGUGGAAAAGGCACGUGCAGGUACUUUGCAACCAAAUGAAUAUCAGGUAUGUUAUGCAGUGCACACGUUCAAAUUAACGAUUUCUAUGUAG